AAUCAACCGACCCCGCAGCGGGCCACACACGUUGCGGAACAAUCCCCAUCAGCAACCACAACCGCAACGAUGACAUUCUCAGACGAUGUUAUGAACCUACAGACACCUCCAGCAUGCAUAGCAGAUUUCUGCAUCAUCCCGCUGGGUACGCCAACGGCAUCCGUGUCGAAAGAAGUAGCUGAGGUACAGCGGCUGCUCAAGAAGAGCGGCUUGGAGUAUUCUAUGCAUUCGGCAGGAACUACUGUUGAGGGCUCGUGGGACGAGGUGAUGAAGGUGAUCGGACAAUGCCACGCACUGCUGCAUCAGAACGGCGUGGUCAGGAUCCAGAGCGACAUCCGGGUUGGGUCGAGGACAGACAAGAAGCAGACACACAAGGACAAGGUUGCGGCAGUGGAGAAGCUGUUGAAGGACGAUGCUGCUUGAGGGACCUGGCCUUGACGAGGCAAUUGAACUGCACACGACCAUUGAACAGGGCAACUCUGGCUUCAUGAAACAAACCCAAGAGCGCGGAAUCUGAUAGCUGUCAAUAUACUGGUGUUCCGUGGGUGCUCUAGGUCUUCCGCUGCUUCACGUGCGACUAUUUUCACCUG